AUGGUCUACAAGGCGGUCCAGUCGGGAGUGACCAACGGCACCAAGGCGGCGGGCGAGAUGAUCCGCGAGCACGUCCUGCCCGCGGGCCGGGACGUGGCACGCCCGAUCAUUGCACCGUUCCAGCGCCCGACGGCGGAAGAAGACGCGGCGACCUACGCACAGAUCGGCUACAAUCUCUACAGCGAUACUGUGACGCUGCCGACGCAGGCGAUGCGCACGGCGAUGGCCGAGGCACAGUGCGGCGACGAUGUGCACCUCGAGCACCCCACCACGACGCUCUUCCAGGACCUCAUCGCCAAAGCCACCGGCAAGGAAGCUGCGCUCUUUCUGCCCUCGGGCACGCUCUCGAACCAGCUUGCGCUGCACGCGCACCUGACCCGCGCGGGGGGGCCCGUGAGCGUUCUCUGCGACAAACGCGCGCACGUAUACGCAUACGAGACCGGGGGCCUCGCGUACCAUUCGCGCGCAGCGACGCAGACGGUCGUGCCGAGCAACGCGCGCCAUCUCACGCUCGAGGAUAUCCAGGCACACGCCGUGCUCGAAGAGGACCAACACUAUGCGCCGACGCGCGUGAUCGAGCUGGAAAAUACGCUCAGCGGCACCAUCUUUCCGCAGGACGAGAUCGUGCGUAUCAGCAACUGGGCGCACGACGCGGGCCUCAUCAUGCACCUCGAUGGCGCGCGUCUCUGGAACGUUGCGGCGGAGACGGGCCUGGGGCUCGACGAGCUCUGCCGCCCAUUUGACACGGUGAGCUUGUGCCUCAGCAAGGGCAUCGGUGCGCCGAUCGGCUCGAUUCUCGUUGGCCCGGCAGACCUGCUCCGCCGCGUGCGCACGUUCCGCAAGCUGUUUGGUGCGGGCAUGCGCCAGUCGGCGGUCCUGACGUCGGCCGCGCAUGUGGCCGUGCACGAUGUCUUUCCCAAGCUGCGUGGAACGCACGACAUGGCGCGCCGCUGCGCCGCAAUGCUGACCGAGCGCGGCAUUCCCCUCAUUCUUCCGACCGAGACCAACAUGGUGUGGUUCGACGCGGGGGCCGCUGGCUACGAUCCCCAGGAGCUCGUGCGCCGCGCCGCGGCGCUCGACCCGCCCAUCACGAUGUGCCCCCCACGCCUGGUCUUUCACCACCAGAUCCGCCCGGAUGCGGUGGACCGGCUUGCUGCCGUCCUUGAUGCGAUGAAGGCAUAG